AAAUUCGUUUCAUGAGAAACAAAAAGGAAAUAAAAGAUUGCCAUAGAUUACAGCAUUCCAGAAGAGGUAGUGUGGGUACAGAAGACAGCAGAGGGAGCAUGAGGAUGGUGCUGGUGGGCAAGACUGGUGUGGGGAAGAGUGCCACAGGAAACACAAUCCUGGGGAGAGAGGCAUUUGUGUCUAGGACAAGGAUGGCGUCUGUCACAAAGAAAUGCCAGAAGGAGACAGCAGAAGUAGCAGGGAGACAAAUAGAUGUGGUCGACACUCCAGGACUGUUUGAGACCACCCUGUCAAAUGAGGAAAUCCAGCAAGAAAUUAUCAAAUGCAUGGCACUGUCAGCACCUGGACCCCAUGUGUUUCUCGUGGUUAUAUCGGUGGGACGCUUCACAUGGGAGGAGAGGGAGACACUUCAGUUGAUCAAAAUGACAUUUGGUGACAAAGCUGCUCAGUACACAAUGGUUGUGUUCACCAGAGGUGAUGACCUUGGAAGUGAAACAAUUGAAGAAUACAUUGCAGAUGGUGAUCCUGAUGUCCAGAGUGUGAUUCAGGACUGUAGACAGAGAUAUCACGUCCUCAAUAACAAAGAAAAGAGCAAUAAAACCCAGGUCAUUGAACUGCUAAAAAAGAUAGACAAAAUGUACUGGGAGAAUGAAGGUAGCUGGUACACUAAUGAGAUGUUUCGGGAAGCAGAAGCUGCCAUCAUACGAAUACAAGUAAGGAAGGAGAAAGAGGAGGAGAUACAGAGAGAACUAGAGAAAAUGAGGGCCAAGUAUGAGUCAGAAAUGACAGACCUGAGGAAGAGGAUGGAUGAAGAAAGAGAAAAGCUGGAGAGAGAGAGAAAGAAAGCAGAACAGCUUCUGAGGGAGAAGGAGGCAUUAAUACAAAGAAAAAUGCAGGUGGGGGAAAAAACACUUCUGGAGAGACUAUUUGAAGAUGAAAAAGAAACCAUGGAUGGGGCUGUUAGCUCUAAGAAGGAUAGGGAGGACAAAGAGGGAAAAGAAACCAAACAACAGGUGGAGAAAAGUGAAGACAAUGAAGAUGACAGAGAGAAAGACCUGCAGAAACAGGGGAGAAAAGAAAAGAAAGUGAGAACAUCUGGAAAACGCUUUGGAUGGAAGUUUAAAAAGUCUGAGGAACAGAGACUUGUAAAGGAAAAAGAGACUAAGAAUGCAGAGCAAGAAGAGGGUGGGGAGAAACGCAGUAAGAAACAUGCGACCAAACAAGACAGAAAGGCUGAUAAGAUGACACAUGACAAGGAGGAAAAGAACAAACAAAUCCAAGGCUCAAGGGAAGAGGAAAUUACUGUUGACAAAGUAACAACAGAGCUGGGCGCUAUGCAGAGUCAAGAGAUAGAAGAUGGCUCAGAUGUAGUCUAUAGAUAUUUAGAAAAAGACAGACAGAAAAAGAGUGGAAAACAAGACAGUAUAGAUUUAGACGGAGCAAAGAAAAUAGAGGAGAGAUUUAAAGAACUGCAGGAGUACAAAAGACUAAUAGAGGAAACAAUUACAAAAUAUCAGGCAGUCUCAGAAAAGCAAUCAGAAGAUUUAGAGCGUUUCAAAAUUAAAUAUGUUGAUAAUUUUCAGGCCUUAGAAAAAAAACAAGGCACAAAAUGUUUGAUACAGUAAGCUGACAAGUUGUUUGAUUUUUCAUGCACCUCAGUGAUACAGUACGCCUGAAAUGCACUGUCCCAUCCUUGUUAACUGGAAAUGGUGUACUUCACAUUGACUGUCAACUGUGGUUACCAUUGAAUUUCUAAUAUUCCUUAUUUAUUGAAAAAAAAAACAGUAUAAUAUGUUAUUUGGCAUAAGCGACUGUUGUAGUGCCACUGUACCUUGGUAAGGGCAAAUGUCUGCGCAAUCACAGGAUAGCAUAUGUCUUGCUUCAGCACUCUGACAUAACUGCAGAGGUUAUCACAGUGAAAUGAUAAACUGGCAAUUCCAGAAAAGCAGGGCUGUAUAAAGUAAAUGUAAAUGUAUGUAUUUUAGCAAACUUUCUUAGGGAAUAUGGUCAUAUUAGAGAAUAUUGCCUCCAAAGAGUGGAUUCUGUUUUUGUCUUUUUCGCACAAUUGCAUAACCUGUUAAACACUUGUUUAUCCAUCAUAUCAUAGCCUACAUGUAAAAAAUAAAAUCUUCAUGGCCACAGUGUAGCAUAGUGGCUAAG